AUGACGGACACCGCAGGCCUUAACAAAUAUAAGCUGGUGUUUUUAGGGGAGCAGGCGGUGGGCAAGACUUCCAUCAUAACGCGGUUUAUGUACGACACUUUCGACAACAACUACCAGGCAACAAUUGGAAUUGACUUUUUGUCGAAAACCCUUUACCUCGAAGACCGCACUGUGCGGCUGCAGCUGUGGGACACAGCCGGCCAAGAAAGGUUUAGGUCUUUGAUUCCUUCUUACAUUCGAGACAGCAGUGCUGCAGUGGUGGUUUACGACAUCACGACGGCUGUUUCCCCCGGAUCUGCCGCCGCGGCGUUUGUUGCACAAGUGCCGACAGUCAAGCCGGCUUCGCUGAGUCCGCGUUUUGCAGAGAGCACUUCAAAACAAAACCCCGUUGGCGGGUCCGAAGCAAACUUGAAUUCAAAACUUCUCUUCAAAUCUUUUCUCCUCCAGACUCUCCUCGGACUUCUCUCUUCCAUCUUGCCGAAGCCUGGAGAGCCAGGCCACGCGCUGGAGGAGGCCCACGGCAGUCCUUAUGAAGCCAUUUUGAACCAAGCGCUGGAGCAAGCCUCUGCAUUCCGCCGGAGACCUACGAAGGCCCGUGAGUCAAAACACCCCGAAGAUACGAAAACAGCACAGCAGCAGCAGCAGCAGCAACAGCAGCAGCAGCAGCAGCAGCAGCGGCUUUCUUUCUUCCGUUUUCUUUCGGCGGCAGGCAGCAGCUGA